AUGGAAGUUGAGGAAGUAAAAGGCCACGAACACUCGUUGACAUUCUACCAACGGGGAAUACCCGAUCGCGAUGGGAACGGAGAAGAUGUUCGUUGCUCUCAAUGCAAUCAGCCAUGGCGUCCGCCAGCAUUCGGCUGCUCCACCUGCAACUUCCACAUCCAUCAAUCAUGUAUCAACCUUCCUAACCAAAUCUCCACUCCCUUUCAUCCCCAAAACCAUCAGCCUCUUCAUCUCACCAACCAUUACCGCUCUUGCAAAUGCUGCCGUCAGAUGCCUUCCGGCAAAGUUUACAGCUGCCUCACAUGUGGUUUCCAUAUCGACUUACAAUGCCUCAUAGCCAAAACCAAAGCCAGCGGCUUGUGUGAAAUGCCCAAUGGAAAGUUUCGACAUUUCGCCCAUCCCCAUCCAUUAACGACCCUUAAUCAAGAUCAACAACGUCUUAUACUCCAACGACGCAAAUACACUAAAAUUAUUGUUUGUGUUGUAUGCCAACUUCCUAUAACAUCAGGUUCUGAUAAUUCUACUACUGACAGUGACAUUCUCUUUUGUUCGCAUUGUGAUUUACACUUCCAUCAUCAUUGUGCUAAUCUUCCUCGUGAGAUCGAGGAUCCUAAGUAUCACCAGCAUUCUUUGUUUCUUUUCCCCAGAUCGUUCGUAAAUAAAACUUUUUGCUCUAGUUGUAGUAAUGAGCGUGCAGAGUUCUUCUACACUUGUCCAUCCUGUGAUUUCAAUCUUCAUGUAGCGUGCUUGCGCUCAUUCAAACACCAACAUGAAUUCAUCAAUCUAAGGAAAAUUCUUCCUUUUCAGUGUCAAGCAUGUGGGAAAUUAGAGAAAGGGUUUCCUUGGUUUUGUAGCAUCUGCCAUGUUUUCAUUCAUAAGAAAUGUGCAGAGUCAGCAUCAAGUCUCAAAACAUCUGAACAUCGCCAUUCCUUAACUCUCACAUUCUCUUUAAAUCCAGAGUAUGUAACCAAUUAUAGGUGCAAAAUAUGCGGUAAAAAUAUCAAAAAAUCAUGUGCAGCCUACGUUUGUUACCAAUGCGAGAGCAAGUAUAUUACGCAUUUGGAUUGUGCUAAAAAUCGAAAAAUUGACAACAACCUGCCUAGGGAAGCUGUUGAUGAGCCUAUCAACAUAGAGAAAAAAAUUAAUCAAGAAAAUGGGAUGAUUUUACAUUUUAGCCAUAGUGAUAAGUUGAUCCUCUGUUCUGGCGAGGGUAGGCUUUGUGAUGGGUGCAUGAGAUGCAUAUCAACUCCAUCGAUAUCUUACGGUUGUUUAAUGUGCAGCUUCUUUCUGCACGAGGAAUGCGCAAAAUUGCCGAGAAACAGGAAUUGUUUGUUCCAUCCACAUUUGUUGAGAAUCAUCUAUAUCCCAGAUUUUGUAUGGUCCUGCUCUGUUUGUUUUAAAAACUUUCAUGGCUUUGCUUAUCAAUGUACUGAAGGAUGCCACUUCAUUGUUGACAUUGGAUGCGUUGGAAUUACAAUCCCAUUUACACAUCCAAGUCACAAUCAUCCUCUGUUUAUUGAUCGCACAAACAAAAAACAAACUUGUGGAGCUUGUGGGGAGAGCGUGGAGAAUAAAGAAGCAUUUCGUUGUGUUGAAUGCAACUUCUAUUUGGACGCAACAUGUGCCACUUUGCCUCUAAAAGUAAGAUUCAGAUUUGAUAUGCAUCCUUUGAACUUGACAUUUAAGAAUGAAGAUGAAGGUAAUGAAUAUUACUGUGAUAUUUGCGAAGAAGAAAGAAAGGCCGAGCAGUGGUUUUACUCUUGCAAGUCCUGUUUUUUCGCCGCACAUUUGAAUUGUGUUCUUGGGGAUUAUCCUUGUAUGAAGUCAGCUAAGUUUAAUGGCCAUCAGCAUCCACUCAAUUUGGUCAAAAAAGGCAAGAUUGGGUAUUCUACUUGUGGUGCGUGUGGCAAUUCUUGUGAUGUAAAUAUGGCGUUUGAAUGUGGGAUUUGCAAGUUUAAUGUACAUGCCUUUGGGCCUUGUUAUCACCUACAACUUACACGUGGCGAAAUAACUAUGGUCACCAUGUCUUCCCUUCGCUCUCGUUCAUUUAUUCUUUGCUCGGACACCUAA